GCCUGCUAUGCCACUCAAGACAAGGCGUAAGUGCAGAUACUUGGAGAAGUAAACUGCUUACAGCUGUCUCCGAGGGUUCGUAUAUAUAUAUAUUACUUCAUUGAUAGAUACUUCAGUUAAAUGUGUCUCGUUUGAGAGUUAUGUGUCUUUGUUCUUCGAAACAUAAUUUGAGUGCUGGUACCUUUUAAACACAGCUCCGAAAAAACAGGAAAUACUGUUAUCUGUACACACACCGGCAACCGACUACUAGUAACAUCUUUCCUUGAGGAAUCUUCAAGUUCAAGUUGUAGGUUACUGGUACUCAAACUUUAUCCCAUGUGGAAUUUAUUUCCAGUCUCUUCACUAGGCUGAAUAAAACCAGAAUGAGGACUUCUGUGAUGGCAGCUUUUUUGCUUGGACUGUUUCUCUUUGUAUCGCAGCCACCCUCUGUUCCAUCUAGACCCACUGUAAAUGAUGAGGCUGGAGCAUCAUCAAAGACUGUUGACUAUGAGCAACGAAGUGCAUCUUCCAUUCAAAAUGAGACCCAAUCAGCUGUACAUCCUAAUGGAACCAGACAGCAACUGCCUCAAACUAUUAUCAUCGGAGUGAGGAAAGGUGGGACGAGAGCGUUAAUUGAAAUGCUUAGCCUCCACCCUAGCAUUGCAGCAGCAGAGAGCGAGGUUCACUUUUUUGAUUGGGAGGACAAUUUUGCGAAAGGCUUACAAUGGUAUGCCAGUCAGAUGCCAUUCUCAUACCCCCAUCAAAUCACAGUGGAGAAGACUCCCGCUUAUUUCACUUCCAGUAACGUGCCAGAGAGAAUUUAUACGAUGAACAGUGCCACCAGGCUCCUCUUGAUACUGAGAGACCCCACUGAGAGAAUCCUCUCGGACUACACUCAGGUAUUUCACAAUCGUCUGCUGAAGAAAAAGCAGUACCAACCUAUUGAGACUGUGCUUAUUAAAAAUGGGGACGUCAACAUGGACUACAAAGCAUUAAACAGAAGUCUGUAUUACAUCCACAUGCAGAACUGGUUAAAGUAUUUUCCUCUAUCACACAUUCACGUGGUCGAUGGAGACAUGUUGAUCAAAGACCCUCUUCCAGAAAUGACCAGGGUUGAGAGGUUUUUAAACCUCUCACCACAAAUCAAUGCCUCAAACUUUUAUUUUAACAAAACAAAAGGGUUUUACUGUCUAAGGAACCAUGGCAGAGAGAGGUGUUUACAUGAGUCGAAAGGAAGAGCACAUCCUCAAGUUGCCUCCCCAGUACUUGAUAAGUUAUACCAGUUUUUUCAUGAGCCAAACAGGAAAUUCUUUCAACUGAUUGACAGGACCUUUGAUUGGCAUUAAUUUAUGUUGGUGUAUAGUGGGUAUGAAAAUUAGCACAUUCCAGCAGCAUAAACUGUAAGCAGUAUUAGUAGAUAAGAGAAUACUUCAUGUAAAUUAAUGUUUGAAAAAAGUGUACAGUUUAAAUAAUACAAGGUAUAUAUAUAUAUAUUUUUCUACAGGUUUUGAAAAUAUAGCAGUCAAAAUACCAGUUGUGUGACUUUCUUGUUAUUCCUUGAUUUGCAUGCUUUCUCAUCUGUUGGUAAUAUAAUUUUAACAGUGAACA